ACUGCUGCUCGCUCUGCUGCUCUGCUGCCCCCCGUCGCCCCUCCAUCAUCUGCGCCUUCGUCUUCCUCGUCCUCCUGCUGUCUGGCUCGAGCAGAGAGAGAGAGAGAGAGAGAGAGAGAGCCCGGUGGCGACGACCCGCCCAUAACCCUGCCAGGCCCAGCCCAUCCCAGCCAUAGGGGGAGAACCCAGCUUGCUUGCCAUUCGCCCUUGCUUGGGGGUUCUCGCCCGUCCUGCCUCAGAGCGAGCCUCGAGCCUUGCUUUGCGCGCCACUGCGUCGCGCGUUUCUUCCUCUGCCAGUGAACUGCGAGAGCGAGCGAGGAGAGGGGAGGAAGGGGAGGGGAGGGGAGGGGAGGCAAGGCAAGGGAGGGCAGGGUUGUGUGUGUCAGGGCAGUGGCCGCGGGGAGCGAGUUCUCAGAUUGUUCAUUCCUUCUCUCUGCGAUUGCUGGAGACGACAGGGUGAGCCGAUGUAGGGGAGAGGCGGGGCAUUUGUCGAGGAGCAAGCAGCGAGAGGUCAGGAACGGGGUUUUGGACGAUAGUAGCGAUUUGAUAUCCCUCGCCGAACCAAGAGAGGGCUUCGAUUUGUUGAAGAUCAGACAUGUGGUAGGGAGUAAGAUGCUGCCUGCAUGUGUGUGGAGGCAUCAUUUGAGGAACAGGACUGCUGCUCUGGAUGGUUAGGACAUUCGAUUACAGGGCCGUGAUGGGGAAUCAGUGUAUUUCAAGUAUGUACUCACCAAGGCAUUCUGGACUGGAUUACUGGCUCUUUGCUUCCUCGGAGAAAGAGAACCUGUGGAGGGGCGUGGUACUUUAAAGCGGGACCUUCUCGACUCGGACGCGAGCCUGAGCUUCCUUACAUGGCCUUGUGACCCUGCUUGGGCUUGUUGGAGGAAGCAGUGGCUGCAGGGUAUAAAUUUGGUAGUCUUUAAAGGAGCCCCUCUCAUUCAAAGCAGGAGUACGAUGUUGGGAACAUGACUCGCGCGCGGACAGUAGUGACCUAAUAAGGUGGUCUUAGAUAGAGUAGAGGAUUGAGAGCUAGCGAUUGAUACUUUACGGGUGACGGUGCCGUCUACUAGGGGAGAUGGCUAUAAAUUCUGCGGGCUGGGUCGGUGACGAUAAGAAACAGACACAGAAGACUGUUAUGGCGAAGCGUGUCUAUCAAGUGUGGAAAGGCAGCAAUAGGUUUUUUCUUUGUGGGAGAUUAAUAUUUGGACCAGAUGUCCGGUCCUUGGUGGUGACCGUAUUCCUUAUUGUAGUACCAGCGGUGGUCUUUUGUGUUUUUGUUGCCCGCAAGCUGAUAGACAAGUUUGAAAACAACAGUGGCAUUGCCAUCCUUGUCGCUGCUGUAGUGUUUACAUCUAUUGUAUUGGUUCUUUUGCUUCUUACAUCAGGCAGAGACCCCGGUAUCAUUCCUCGCAAUGCGCAUCCACCCGAACCAGAUGAAGACUAUGAUGCUGCGAACUCACCUGCUGAGUGGGGUGGAGGACAGACACCCCGUUUACGUCUGCCUCGUACGAAAGACGUGAUAGUCAACGGUGUUGCAGUGAAAACAAAGUACUGUGAGACCUGCAUGCUUUAUCGGCCUCCGAGAUGUUCACAUUGCUCAAUCUGCAACAAUUGCGUGGAGCGCUUUGAUCACCACUGUCCUUGGGUCGGGCAGUGCAUCGGACAACGAAACUAUCGCUUCUUCUUCAUGUUUGUUUCGUUCACAACAAUGCUCUGCAUAUACGUCUUCGCAAUGUGCGCUGUGUAUAUCAAGUUCCUCAUGGAUGGAGAAGAGAAGACUGUUUGGAAGGCUUUGUCGAAAUCUCCAGCAUCAGUUGUGUUGAUGGUUUACACUUUCAUUGCUGUCUGGUUUGUGGGUGGACUGACACUAUUCCAUCUCUAUCUCAUCAGCACCAACCAGACCACCUACGAGAAUUUUCGGUACCGUUACGAUAACAAAGUGAAUCCUUACAACCAGGGAGUAAUGAACAACUUCCGCGAAAUCUUCUGCACGAGAGUCGUUCCGUCUAAGAACAAAUUUCGUGCAAGGGUGAAGCAGGACUCACUUGGUCAAAAUCCAAUGAGCGCUCCAUCAGGAGAAAGCGCAGAGAUGCAUGGCACCAGUGUCUCUAAAGGUGGAGGUGACUUGGAAAUGGGAUCGAAGGCGACUUGGCAAAUAGGUGGAGAGCAUGGGAUUGGUCCUGAAAGUGCGGAGGAUCUACACGCUCGAAUUAGUACAGGAAGUGAGUUGGGAUUGGAGAGCAAGGACGGGUUUGACGAAAACUUCCCUCUGGACCGCAACCUGGCGGGUGAUGGUGAAACUAGGACAACACAUCCCAGGCGGUCUAGCUGGGGCCGGAAGAGUGGAAGUUGGGAAAUAACUCCCGACAUUCUGGCUUUGGCUCAAGGGGCUGGAGCGGAGGGUAGCCGAGUGAAUGGGGAUAGUACUCCUCCAGGAAACAGAUAAGAAUGCGGCUUGUCCAGGUUUUUACAAGUGUGGCUUUCUUCUGCUCUAGACCGCAUUGUGUCUAGGUGAAAGAAUGGCCUAUAUUUAACUUCAUUUGAGGCUUGCUAGUCAGGCUAAGGAAGCGUAUACUAUGUGCAGAGAGAGAGAGAGUGAUAGAGGAAGAGUGGGACGCAUGCUGAAAGGUCUUCAUUUGAUGUAAGAGAUCAACAUUGUCUUAUUUUAGAGUAGUGCCAGUAGGCUCAGGCCUACUGGAGGCAUCUGAAUUGGCAGCUUACCGCUACAGUGCUGCAGAGCCAUUGCACUUAUAGCUCAAGGUCUCCAUCCUCAAAUACAUGAGCAGUGACAUAAAUUGAGGUAUUGAGCUUUUUGUCCAUUCCACAAGUGCAUCUGACAGCAAACUGUUAGCUUGCGUAUUGAGGAAAAAAAGUUCAGUUGACUCCACUGCUGAUCUCCACUCCAGAGGUUAGGUGUGGUAGACAACAGCUUGUGACAUUUUUUGUCAUUGGGCUGAUUCUCAACCUCUCCGAAAGAAGUGUAGCUUGUAGAUUGUACCCCGCAGUUACCUUUACUUGUCUGGUAGGCGCAUCUUAAUAGGGGAUGUGACUGCAGCAGUGAGGUUGGCUGUGGAGGAAAUGGCCGAGUUUCCGCUUGGAACUUGCUCGAACUGAGCCACUCACUGUACACAAGAUUGAGUUGGAGUUGACUGUAGCCUCAGACGGUUACAUCUUCGAAGAG